CAGAAGGGCUGGCUUCGAUCGAAGUCAUUCACCUCCGGAUAAUCUUAACAGCAGUAGUAAUAGCAGCAGUAACUGGUCGGCUACAACCAACUCCCGAGAGCAAUCGUCUACCAACUCUCGUCGUAAGAGCCCGCUGAAUCAUUGGUCGAAAAUCGAAGACGGAUUUGGAAUCCCUCCCUCCCUGCUGGAUGGCCAAUCACAGCCGGGCCGGAAUCCAUCGGCCGACCCUAAUCAGCAACUGCUGAUGAUGAUCGAUGCCGAUGAGGAUGGCUCGAGCUCGAUCGACAGCGAUCGCCAUCACGAAAAUCGAACUCGUUCCGAACCCGUCGCCAAGCGAAAGCUGGGAACUGACCAACGCGAUUGGGAGUCGAAUAGAGAGAAGCCGUUCAAGUGCACGGUGCCUGGUUGCGAGAAGGCAUACAAACAGCCCAACGGGCUCAAAUACCACAAGGCUCAUGGUCACUGCUCUCAAAAAACGCUCAGUGCUGAGGAUGAAUCAAAAACAUUUGUUUGCCAUGAUGCCGUGUGUGGGAAAAGAUAUAAAAACAUCAACGGGCUGAGAUAUCAUUAUCAGCAUACCGGUCCUCAUGGUGGGAUCGGGUUGCAACUACUCUCGAUCGGUUUACAUCCAUCUGGACCGACGCUAAACCUAUCAAAUCUCGUCAACAAUCAUCAACAUAGACAUCCUAUGCUGACUAGUAGCACAAGCAGUUGUGUUAGUAGUAGUCAGGAUGGUGGAAGCGUUGACGGACAAGUUUCAGGCGAUAGCAUGGAUGUGACGAUGGACGAUUAAUGAUUGUCUUGACGUCAUAAAAAUCGCUUCCCAGAAACAAAAAAGAAAAACAGAAAAAAAAAUACUCAAACUGACCGUUUGGUAUCGUCGGCUAGUUCAAUCGGAGAAACUAUCUCUUCACCAUUCGUUGUCUAUCACGUUUCAGUUGGUGUGUUUAGACCUCUCUAGAAGAAAUAAACACUGCGCAAAAAAAAUUGUCAUGCACAAUCCAAUCCUCGAUUACUUACUCCAAAACCAAAUAAAAAAAAAGGAAACCGCUCAGUCGUGCUCUUCUACCCUGGAGGCUCUCAUCGCGUAUCCUAGACUUGGGCAAAUUCAUCAGGCAAAAGCGUCCACCCAAAAGGGUCCAUUUUUCCUUGACAGACAAGCGGAACUCGGUUCCUACAUUGUCAUAUCCUCAACCUCGAUUCCCCGUUUUUUUUUUCUUCUUCUCUCUCCAUUCUUUGUCUCUGUUUUGAUCGUCGCUCAACUUCAGUCUCCGAGUAUAACUAAUAUCUUGCGACUCGAUGUCCUCAUUCCUUUUUAACGAUUCUAUUCUCUUUUUGUUUCUCUUCGGAAGAAAAAGAAAAUAUAACUUUAUAACUGAUCUUACAAAAAAAAAUGUUCGACUCCAUUGUCACACCCCGUCUUGUUCCUACUCUUCCUUUUUUUUGGGUCGUUAAUUUCUUCAUUUUUUUUUUUGUUAUGUGUACUUCUUGUCCGUCUCGAUUUUUUCAUAUUGACGAGUUUUCUUUCUGAUCAGUUCUUUUCCUCAUCAUAUCCCAUCGCACAAGACACCCCCCCCCCCCCCGACAAAA